AUGAAGUUGCGGUCGGUGUUUGACGCUUCGGAAAUCAAAUCGGAAUUCGAAUCGGCGGGAAUAAACCCUAAUUUCGUGAUUCCAAUCUGGAAGUAUGUAAUUCAGAAUCCUGAUUGCGUUUGGGAUGAGAUUCCUUCACUGCCAUCUUCUGCUUACUCUCUUCUCCACUCAAAGUUCAAGACUCUCACUUCGUCUCUUCACUCGCUCUUCCAUUCCUCUGAUGGCACCACCUCCAAACUCCUCAUCAAGCUCCAGAACGGAGCUUUUGUGGAAGCUGUGAUAAUGCGAUACGAUACUCGGUUGGGGAUGUGUGGAGGGAAACCACGUCCAGGAGGUGUAAGAUCUACGUUAUGCAUUUCAUCCCAGGUUGGUUGCAAAAUGGGUUGCACAUUCUGUGCAACUGGGAGCAUGGGAUUCAAAAGCAAUUUAACAUCUGGAGAAAUUGUGGAGCAGCUCGUUCAUGCCUCUCGCCUAGCUGAUAUACGUAACAUCGUUUUCAUGGGAAUGGGAGAACCUUUAAAUAACUACAAUGCUGUUGUUGAAGCUGUCCGCGUCAUGUUAAAACAGCCAUUUCAGCUGUCACCCAAAAGAAUUACCAUAUCAACUGUUGGAGUUGUUCACGCCAUUAACAAGCUUCACAAUGAUCUACCAGGUGUAAGUUUAGCAGUAUCUCUUCAUGCACCAGUUCAAGAAAUUCGCUGCCAGAUCAUGCCAGCAGCUAGAGCCUUUCCUCUUCAAAAGCUGAUGGAUGCACUUCAAGCUUUCCAGAAGAACAGUCAUCAAAAGAUCUUCAUUGAGUACAUCAUGCUUGAUGGAGUAAAUGAUCAAGAGGAGAACGCUCAUCAACUCGGCGAAUUGUUAAAGACAUUUCAAGUGGUGAUAAAUUUGAUACCAUUCAACCCAAUUGGGUCCACAAGCCAAUUCAAAACCAGCACAAAACGAAGCGUAUCGAGUUUCCAGAAAAUCCUGCGCGAAACCUACAAAAUCCGAACCACAAUUCGCAAAGAAAUGGGUCAGGAUAUUAGCGGCGCUUGCGGUCAGCUAGUCGUAAACCAACCAGACAACAAGAGAACACCCGAACCACUUAGAGACAUUGAAGAUCUGCAUCUCUAG